UUUUGCUCAAGUCACCAAACAGGCCUCCAUACCAUCUUUGAGCCACUCGAUGGAAGUCUUCCAGGUAUGCUAUGAAUCAGCCAAUGCCCCUCCUUUGUAGAUUAACAUGCAUACUUUCAUGUGGAAAGAAGCUCCUAACUCGAUUAUCAUCCAUAUGUGUCGAAUAGAGUCUCAAAGUAGCUUCCUCAACACAGCUUCCUGCCUUAGC